CUUCGGGUCUCUAUGGCUCCCCAGCUCCCUAUAGCGCGCUUGGGACCCGGAAGCGGAGCUGCCCCAUGUAACUGACUCCGUCGCCAUGGAGCCUCCCGACACGAGGGUUCUCCUUUUCCCAUCGGAGGAGACUCAAGAUCCUCCAUUGCCAGAUGAGGGUGUAAGCUCUACGGUACCAAAUCUAACCCCAAGACAUCAAGAACUCAUCCCUACCCCAUGCGGCCCUAUCAAACCUUGGUCGGAACUGUCCUGUCCCGUCAAGAUCUACUUCUGCGUCAACAUCCUCUCCCUGCUGAGCAUCAUCGGAUUAACCAUAGAGAACCUGGUUCAGCAGAAAGACGAAGACUUUACCGUCUCUCUCAUCCAGCUAAUUGCCGUUGUCUUUUGCAUCUACUACGUGAGCCGGGGGAUCCUCCAAGAGAACCGCCAGGAGCUCAUGGUCUUUGUGCUCUCUGUCGCGCUGGUCAUGCUGCGCUCCAUCAUCAACUUCACCGUCCUCUCUGCCGACCAGAAGCUCAAGCUACUCGCCCGCUUCGUCCUGAUCCUUUUGGUCGGCGCCUUCGAUGUGAUCUGUGCCGUCGUCCUCAUCCAGACCGAAAGCAUGAUGGCCUUCCGGGUGGGAGGAGCCCUACAGAGCCUCCAGGCCCAAUAUUUCAUGCUGAACCUCUGCUUUUCCAUGCUGACCUUUGACCUCCAGGCUCAGCUCUGCUUGUGUGUUCUGCUGCUUAACACCCUCCGGGAGAUCUCGGCUCUGCACACCACCUUCCUGGCAGCUGGGAUUCUCUGGGCCGGGCUGAAAGUCGCUUGUGGCAUCGUCGCUAUCUUAAAAGAGUUAAAACCUCUCGCCUGGAUUUUUCUGAGUCAAAAUUUACCUGAAGUGGCUUAUCUCGCCUACCUGCUCUACACGGUCAUCCAAGAGUGGGGCCAAGGGAAUUCCUAUGCACUGGAGGCGGCUGUCAUCACCUGUUCCUGCAUUUCUGUGAUGAUCAAAAGUGCACUCUUCUGGGCGUUGUUCCAUGUCUACCACAGCUUUGGGCAGGGGCUGAGAGAAAGGAUGUUUUCUUCCUAUGGAAGGAUCGAUUCAUGAAGUGCGAUGCCCUCUCCAGGUACAAGGCGGCGCUCUUAUAAAGCGGAGACGCACUUGGGAAGACCGGCCACCGCUCCAACCUGAAAAAGCGGGGCCCCAAGGACAGAUAGGAGCAGAGGCAACUUGACCACAACAGUUCAACAACAGGAGGCGUUUGCCCAACCCUCCCCCUUCUGGGGUUUGUCGCUGGGACUCUGCUCUGCCAAGUUGGGCCCCCGGGGGACAGGCUCCUGCUUGCAACCCUGUCGGAUUCCUCACUCUACCAUGCUGCUCCUGUGUUGUUGUUUUAACAAAGGUAGAUAGCAAGCGCCUGUUGUCCCGCCUCCAGAACAGUGGCCGUGAGACACACAGCCCUCCUGCCGCGGCUUGCAUUUAUUUGUUGAUGAUUAGUUUAGUGCUCUCUUCCUGCACCUAGAUUAGCCUUUAGCCUUGUGACCCUGAUGUGUGUAUGUAGACACAGGUCAGGCCUGGUACCAUGUGCCCUUGUUUUCACUCUUACAAUUGGUGAAAGCAUCAUCCUCGCAAAGUUUUAUUUACUCUCCUCUUCCUGCAAAGUUUUAUCUGCUGAAGACGCCAGCCCUGUCCAGAGAGAUUUACACUUCUCACAUGGAAGCAAGGAUUAGAAACCUAGCGCAGGUGCGGGGAACCUUUGGCCCUCUAGAUGUUGCUGAAGUACAACUCUCACAAGCCCCAGUCAGCACGGCCAGUGGCUAGGGAUGAUGGGAACUGUAGUCCAGCAAUGGUUGGAGGGCCAAAGGUUCACCGCACCUGCUUUAAUACCCCCACCCUGCAGCAUCUCUCAUUUCACACAGGACUCUCAAGAAGAUUGGAGCAGCUUGACUCACUUAAGACUGGCUCCAAUCUUCUGGCUGGCUGCUGGCUUAAUGAGCCCUCUACCCAGCCAGUCUCCCCUUGGCACCAGACAGGUGGCCUUGUCUACCCCUUGCUUUCCAGGGAAAGGCAGCCGGUCGCUUCAACCCUCAGCGACGGAAGUCUGCCGCAUGUCGUUCCGUAGCACAGAACCUCAUUUGCUUACCACUUGUGACCCUGCAAAAGGAAAGGCAGUCCCUACUGGAUCCCACUGAGACGCGGGGUGUGUGUUUGCCCUUUUAGGGAAACACACUCAGAGCUGGGUGUCUUGGUGGCCGGGCAAUGCUUUGCUUUGACCUGUGAGCCCCCUCUGUCGUUGAUAAAACCAUCUUUGCCAACAAAUCCCACCUGUGUGGGGCUGAUCUAGAGCCCAACUCCCCCCCCCCCUCGAUGUUUAGGGAGCUGCAGCAAUUUGCUUGUCGGUAUUGGCAUGGCUAACUUCUUGCUAAAGCCCAAGUAACUUCUCUGCUUAUAAACCAGAUCUCUUCCCUGCCCGUCCCUCAAUUUUCAUUUUUGUCCUAUUUUUUUUUCAAAAUAGCCAAGCCCUACCUAUGUGAGUCUUAACUAAUGCGCUGUUUCACAGCAGAGUGAGGUUUUUCAUUUUUUAAAAAAGAAUGUUUAAUACAAUAAUUUUAAAGCUUUGUUAAUUUAUUAAAAGGUUUGUUACUGGCCUUGUAUUUUUCAAUGAAGCGUCAAUGCCACCAGUCGGAGUUGCUCU